AUGCCACAGCUGCUGGGCCCCGAGGCUGCCGAGCCCGUCGCGCGGGUCGUGUUGCGGACGGCUGCUGAGGACAACGCUUCGUCUGUGCGCCAGGCGGCCGUGAUUGCUCUGCCGCAGCUGGUCAGGACCGAUGCCGUCCAACCCGUCGUACUCCGCGCGGCGACCGAAGACGAGAAUCCCUCCGUACGUCAGGCGGCCGCGAAGCUAUUGCUGCCCGAUGUCGCCAAACUUGCCGUGCGAAAAUUGGUGGGGCAACUGGGGAAAGCAAAGUGUUCGAAUAGCAACAGCACGGGUAGAGGUUGGGACACCUUGAAGGCCAAGUUGUGGACGAAAUUCAAAGGCCUUGCACGAGCAGAUCGUAUCAAGAAGAAAGUAUUCAAUGGCUUGGGGCAUCUCGUGGAGUACUUUGUGUCGUUGGGGCAUGCGGCCCUGCAGCGGGAGGUGCCCAUGCUGGUGUCUGUGCUAGCUUCGGCAUUACCAUGCGUUGACGGUAGUGACGAAGCGGUGAGUUUUGUAAUCAAGCUGGGCAGUGCACUGGCCAGGUUGGCCUCAACUGCUGGGCUGUAUGCGAUGGACAUCCUUAUCGUGGUGCACAUCCUCACGCAGGUGGAGAGCACGGUGGGCUUGGAAGACACCUCACGCAACACUCUCCAGUUUACCCGCGAGGUUCUACAGAGGGUUAUCGAGGGCAAGUGUGCCAGCUUCUUAUCGAAGCAGGCUGGUACUGUAAUCCAUGUCGAACACCUCGAUGUCGAGAUCCCGCUCGGCACCAUGAUGUUCUCCGACGGUGAUAGAACAGAUGCGCACCGCUGCCCGAAUCGAUUCGCCUGCUCCGUGUCCCAAAGCCAGAAGAUGCAGCCCGCACGGACCAACAUCAGCGCCAAGGUCAAAGAGGGCAGCUGCCCCUUGCUGCUCUCGACGCCGCCCGGCAGACCCCGCGGGGCCAUUGACAAGGUGAGCUCUGUCUGCGCCGCUGGCUUCGAUUCCGCAUCACCCGGGUGUGCGAAGUGCCUUGCAGGCUUCGGGCGCAACAAUAAGGAUCCGUUUGCCUGCGAGCCGUGCGGCAAGCCAGGCCGGGCCGCAAAGUGGGCUGUUUGGUUUGCGCAGCCAUUGGUUAUCUUCCUGCUCUCGCUUCGCAGCGCGGACGUGGCGGCGUCAAAUGGAGUGGCCGACACGCUCGCGAACGACGUGGUGAAGAUUGGUCUUGCCUACCUCGCGAGCACAGGCGUGGUACUCUCCGCUGUAACAUCCACGGAUGCCUACCGCGAGUUGAAUGCCACGGACAGUGCCAGGAAGAUGUUUAACCUAACGCAGCUGACGGUGCAGCGCGGUGACGUCACCUACUCAUUUAGUAACGAUUGCUUUCUCAAGGAUGGCAGGGGUGCCGCAUCUGUGGACGAGCUCUUGGUAUUUUCGUUGGAGCGGCCUGCAUAUGUAGUCACGAUUGCUGCAAUAUUGGUGGGGAUCCUCGACGUCUGCCGCUAUGCGUUCUCGGGUGACAUCUUCUGCCUCCGGAAGCUCCGAGCCAAGUUCGUCAGCAGGAUGAUCACGUUCUCGUUGGUGGCCGGGAACCAAUUCCUCCCGAGUGUCGUCUCGGCUGGCAUGCGCGCUCUGCCUUGUUUUCAUACACAGGCGGCCUCAGACGGUAUGGCUCCACUGCAGUUCAUGUCUUACGAAAACCAUGUGAGGUGCCACGAUACUUACUUGGAAUAUAUCAUCAACUCGCCGUAUGUAGGGACGUGCGGCGCAGUGCUGGUGUUCUCCUACACUGCCGGCCCGGCCUACUGGUUGACGUUGCUGCACCGCCAGCAGAGGGUAAGACAGGCAGGGCCUGUGAAGUUCUUGACGGGAUCCUACCGCGAUGGGUACCACUGGUGGGAGGUGGGCCGCCUCAUCUCGAAGACCAUGCUGAUCGCCUCGAUCGUGACUGCGUCACCCACAAGCUACUGCCCACUCCAGCAGCUCAUGCUCUGCCUCAUCGUCACUUUCGCCUACUGCACCUGGCACUGCUUCAACUGUCCGUACACAGACUUCGCGCUGAACGCUGUUGAGGCCGGCGCGCUCCUGACCCUCGGCGUCACCAUGGGGCUCUCGGGGCUCUUGGCCGGUGCCAAAUGGCCGCUCACCCCUGGCUUCAGGAACUGCAUCGUCAAUGGCAUCUUCAUCGCGUUGAUCCUUUACUUCAGUGUGCUGGUGGGCGUCUGGGUGAAGGUCAAGUUCUUCUGGCACCACGACGCGAACGAGCAGGUACUCGCGGAGGACGGGUCCGCGAACGACCAGUGA